GUGCAGUAGAUACGGGCUCGUAUAUUCGCAUGGUACUACUAGUACUACGCCGUAUACAUAUUAUAAUGCAUUAAGUCUUAUGCAAUGCGGUAUUAAAAGCACGGAAUGGCAUUAUCAGCCGACUAAGCCCUGAAUCUUUUUGUCCUGCCCUUGAAGCGUCAAAGGUACGUACGUACAUAUGUAUCUGCCCAGAUAGUUAUAUACAUAUUACUACAUCUGUUCUCUAGUUCGUUUUUAAACUAAACAUUGACAAAUAGAAAUGGAGUCAGUAUUUUAUAAUGGGAUCCGCACACGCAUACGGCCACCCCCUCCACACCGCAUUAGUAGGUCGGAACGAUUACUAACUGAAUUAUUUUUUUAAUUUAUAUAAAUUUUUAUUAGCUAGAAUAAUUUCAAGUACAAUCCGAAACAAACGAACAAGGUCUAGUCGUGCUCCACCUCCGCCCCCGUACAGUAGUACCCCACCCUACACUACACCAUCGCUCACAGCGCACCGUUAAAAGAUUCAGGGCUUCACGGGUUCUUGAGACUGUUCUUGGGCCGCGCUGCCACACCUCGCCCGCCUAAAUAAAACACACUCCUUCCUUCCUUCCUUCUUUCUCAGUCACUCCUCGCUAGCUCUAUCUGAGUGAAUUAAACUGCUCAGGGCUCACUGGCUCCUCUCAGCGCUAAGCCCAGCUGUAAAGCUAAGGUUCCGACUUCCAAGCAGUGUGGUCGCCGGAAGAGCGUAGCGAGCGGCGUUCAGCUCACCAGCGUUGCAUUGGAAGGAAGGGCGAGAGACGGAGCGUGAGAUCGAUCGAGCUUCAAGGAGGGCAAGAUGAUUUCGGCGGCGGACUUGUACCACGUGAUGACGGCCGUGGUGCCGUUGUACGUGGCGAUGAUCCUGGCGUACGGGUCGGUGCGGUGGUGGCGCAUCUUCUCGCCGGACCAGUGCUCCGGGAUCAACCGCUUCGUGGCGCUCUUCGCGGUGCCGCUGCUGUCCUUCCACUUCAUCUCCACCAACAACCCCUACACCAUGAACCUGCGCUUCAUCGCCGCCGACACGCUGCAGAAGCUCAUGGUGCUGGCCAUGCUCACCGCGUGGGGCCACCUCAGCCGCCGGGGGCGGGGCAGCCUCGACCUGGACUGGACCAUCACGCUCUUCUCCCUCUCCACGCUGCCCAACACGCUCGUCAUGGGCAUCCCGCUGCUCAGGGGCAUGUACGGCGACUUCUCGGGAAGCCUCAUGGUGCAGAUCGUCGUGCUCCAGUGCAUCAUCUGGUACACGCUCAUGCUCUUCAUGUUCGAGUACCGCGCCGCGCGGCUGCUCAUCGCCGAGCAGUUCCCGGGCAACGCCGCCGGGGCCAUCGCCUCCAUCGCCGUCGACCCGGACGUGGUCUCCCUCGUCGACCACGGCCGCGGGGACGCCAUCGAGACGGAGGCCGAGGUCAGGGAGGACGGCAGGAUACACGUCACCGUGCGCCGCUCCAGCGCGUCGCGCUCCGACGUCGUCUACUCGCGCCGCUCCGUGGGCGGCUUCUCCGGCGCCACCCCGCGCCCCAGCAACCUCACCAACGCCGAGAUCUACUCCCUGCAGUCGUCGCGCAACCCGACGCCGCGGGGAUCCAGCUUCAACCACACCGACUUCUACUCCAUGGUCGGCCGCAGCUCCAACUUCGGCGCGGCCGACGCGUUCGGCGCCGUCCGCACCGGCGCCGGCACCACGCCGCGCCCGUCCAACUACGAGGACGACGCGUCCAGGCCCAAGUACCCGCUGCCCGUGGUGAGUGCGGCGCCCGGGGUGGCAGGCCACUACCCGGCGCCCUGGAGCGCCAGGAAGGCGGCGACGAACGGGCAUGCCAAGGGCGAGGACCUCCACAUGUUCGUCUGGAGCUCCAGCGCGUCACCCGUAUCGGACUUCUUCGGCGGCGGCGCGCCGGACUACAACGACCACGCCGCGGCCGCCAAGUCUCCCCGCAAAAUGGACGGAGGAGCCAGGGACAGGGACGACUACGUGGAGCGCGACGAGUUCAGCUUCGGGAACAGGGGCGCGAUGGAGGACAGGGACGCGGAGGACCCGGCGGCGGCGGGCGGGGACCCUAACGCGGUGGCCGCGGCGACGGCGAUGCCGCCGACGAGCGUGAUGACCCGGCUGAUCCUGAUCAUGGUGUGGCGCAAGCUGAUCCGCAACCCGAACACCUACUCCAGCCUCAUCGGCGUCGUCUGGUCGCUCGUCUGCUUCAGGUGGAACUUCCAGAUGCCGGACAUCGUCCUGCACUCCAUCUCCAUCCUGUCGGACGCGGGGCUCGGAAUGGCCAUGUUCAGCCUCGGGCUGUUCAUGGCGCUGCAGCCGCGGAUCAUCGCGUGCGGGAACAAGGUGGCCACGUUCGCCAUGGCGGUGCGCUUCCUGACCGGCCCGGCCGUCAUGGCGGCCGCGUCCUUCGCCGUGGGCCUCCGCGGCACGCUGCUGCACGUCGCCAUCGUCCAGGUACUUUGGGGGAACGGGGGGAGAGAGACGCGGGAAAAGUCUUGCGGUGCCUGCCGGCCAGCAACAGCAAAGCAUCAAUCCGACACUGUUGCAGCUGUUUGGAUUGCUGCAGCUGCAAUCCAUAGAGAGAAAAAUACUGUAGAAGCCGCAGCAAGCCGCAGCCGGAUUGCAGCCGCAGCAAGCCGCAGCGAACAAGCUGAUCGUCGCUGUGCGAUGUUGCUUUUCCCGGUCGCCUCGUGCUCGCUGUCUCUCGCUCUCUGGCCUUUUGCGCUCAGCGGGCAGCACAAAAGUUACCUUUCCUUUCCCCCUCAUCUCCUUCUCACUGUGCUCUGGUUUUUGCUUUGCAAAAAACGGCGGAACGAGCAGGCAGCUCUGCCCCAGGGCAUUGUCCCCUUCGUCUUCGCAAAGGAGUACAGCGUGCACCCUGACAUUCUCAGCACCGCAGUCAUUUUUGGCAUGCUCAUCGCCCUGCCGAUCACGCUCGUCUACUACAUCCUGCUCGGCCUGUGACCGUCUCAUCCCCAUGGAGUCGAGGAUGCCACCCCCUGCAGUGCUGCAACUGUAAAGACCACUGCUGCUGUCACAUCCCGUUCAUGGGAGAGGGAGAUAAGGCCAGGAAGGACGGGAGAUAGAGCUGCUACGACAUUGUUUGGCGCUUGCAAAAGAGUGGCGUGUUUUCUCUCUCUCUAUCUAUCUAGAAGUAGGUAUGGGGAUUGGGUCUGGGUGGAUCCUCGCAAAAAAAAGGGUGGGAGGUGGACAAGAUGCGGUGGCAAAACGGACCAAAAGCAGGCAGGCGCAAGUACAAAGGAGAUCCAGUUUGAGCAGGUCACGAGAUCGAGAUGGCUUGGUUUUUUUUCGACGGGUUUAGGGAAUUUUGGUAGGCCGCGCUGAUUGAUGUGAAAUCAACGCCAUUCUGAGUUAUGACAGGAGAGAUUUGAUCUAGCUUGAGAUAAAGAGCUCACCUCAUGAGUUUGGUGGAUUGAGACACGGGCACGGGAUUUGGCUGGAAUUUAAGGUUGAUCUUUCGUUUAAUUGUAAAAAAAAUGAAUUGAUUCCUAUAUAAGAUACUUAAAUGAUUUCUAUAAA